CAGCCGGGCGGCGGCGGCGGCGGCGGCAGCGGCGGCGAGCGGUGCCCCGGUCCCCCCCGCUGCAGGGCCACGGCGGCCGCGCUCGGCGGAGGACGGCGCGGGCGCCCCGCGGGACGGAGGCUGCCCGCCGCCCCGUGCGCCAUGGCGCCGGCAAGGCAAGUGCUCUGGCUCUCGGCUCUCCUCUGCCUGCCGCCCGCUCGCUGCCAGCCCCUCCGCUACUCCGUAGCCGAGGAGGGCGAGCGCGGCUCCGUGGUAGGCAACGUGGCGGAGGACGCGGGGCUGGCCCCGGCGCAGCUCUCGGCUCGCCGCGCCCGCCUGGCCUCGGAGGACGGCCGGCAGCACUUUCGCUUCGAGCGCGGCACCGGCCGCCUCGUGGUGGCGGAGAGGCUGGACCGGGAGGAGCUGUGCGGGCAGGCCGGGACGUGCACGCUCCCCGUCGAGCUGCUGCUGGCCGACCCGCUGCAGUUCGUGCGGGUCGAGGUGGCCGUGGAGGACGUCAAUGACCACUCGCCCGUGUUCCCGGAGGAGCAAGUCACGCUGAGGAUCACGGAGAGGAGCGACCCGGGCUCGCGUUUCCCGCUGGAGUUAGCUCAGGACCUGGAUAUUGGCAGCAACAGCAUCCAGGCUUACAGCAUCGCUCCCGAGAAUGAGUACUUUAGCAUCUCCUUUGGGAGUCGGAUUAAGGGCAAGAAAUUUGUUGAACUAGUCCUGGAAAAGCCGCUAGACCGAGAGGAGCAGGCGGAAAUGAGUUUCAGUGUCAUUGCUGUGGAUGGGGGCUCUCCCCCCAGGAGCGGUACCACCCAAAUCCACAUUGUCAUUCUAGAUGUCAAUGAUAAUGCUCCCAUCUUCACGCAGGAGCUGUAUGUUGGGCAGGUUUUGGAAAAUGCCCCAGAGGGCUCUGUUGUUGUCAGCGUGGUGGCAACCGAUCGGGAUGCAGGACCUAAUGGGGACAUCACUUAUGAAUUCAGCCAAGCAGUGGGGCAGAGCAACUCCGCUUUUGGGAUUGACCCUGUCAGCGGUGAAAUUAAACUCACAACGCCUCUGGACUAUGAGGCAGCAGAGAGUCACGAGCUCAGUGUGCGGGCCAGAGACGGCGGGGGACUGUCGGCAAUCUGCAAGGUGUUGGUGGAGGUGGUGGAUGUGAAUGACAACGCACCGGAGCUGGUGGUGAGUUCCUUCAGCAGCUCCCUCCCCGAGAACGCGUUACCCGGGACGGUGGUGGCCCUCUUUGCUGUGAGGGACCGGGAUGCCGGUGCCAACGGGCAGAUCUCCUGUGCCCUUGAGGACCAGCUGUCGUUCUCCCUGCGGCCGGCCUAUAAGAAUUACUACGAGCUGGUGACUGUGAGCGAGCUGGACCGGGAGGAGACGGCUCGCUACGUCCUCCCUGUCACAGCGGCGGACGCGGGGUCGCCUCCUCUGACGACCACCCAGACCUUCACGGUGGCCAUCUCCGAUGUGAACGACAACGCGCCUGUCUUCAACGAGACGUCGUACACCAUGUACGUGCGAGAGAACAAUGUCCCCACGGUGUUGGUUGGAGCUGUGAGCGCCUGGGACGCUGACGUGGGGCCCAACGCCAAGGUGACCUAUUCCCUGGCCCCAGCGCAGCCCGCAGAGCAGCCUCCCUGCUCCUGCCUCUCCAUCAACUCAGAGAACGGGCACGUCUUUGUGCUGCGGCCCUUGGACUACGAGCAGGUGAGGCGGGUGGAGGUGUGGGUGAUCGCCUCUGAUGCAGGGACUCCUCCUCUGAGUGCCAAUGUCACCGUCCGCCUUGUUGUGGUGGAUGAGAAUGACAAUGCGCCGCUGGUGCUGUACCCGGCCCAGGGCAGCAGCCCGGCGUCCAGCGAGCUGGUGCCCGUUUCGGCUGAGGCGGGCUACCUGGUCACCAAAGUGGUGGCCGUGGACGCUGACUCGGGUCAGAACUCGUGGCUCUCGUACCACCUGCUGAGGGCCACUGAGCCCGGGCUGUUUGCGGUGGGUGCCCAAAGCGGGGAGGUGCGGCUGAGGAGGCCCGUGACCGAGAGAGACGCCGUGAAGCAGAAGCUCGUCGUUGUGGUGCGAGACAACGGGCGGCCACCACUGUCAGCCACGGCUGCGCUGAGCGCGCUCCUGCUCAGUGACUUCUCAGACGUGCGCGUCCCCCACAGCAGCCCGGCCACGGAGGACGACGACGGCUCCCUGACAACCUAUUUAAUCAUUUCCUUGGUCUGCGUCUCACUCCUUUUCCUCACGUCCGCCGCAGCCUUCAUCACUCGCAAGGUGUGCAAGAGAAAGGAGCUGACGCCUGAGCGUGUGCUUUAUGGCCCCAGCAACUUGCCGAGGGUCCCGGCUGAUGCAGCCGCUGCGGGGACCCUGCCCCACGCCUAUUGCUACGAGGUCAGCCUCACAACGGGCUCAGGCAGCAGCGAGUUCCAGUUCCUGAAGCCCAUCCUCCCCAGCCUGUCGCCACAGCACCGUGCCUCGGGGGGUGGCACCGAUGAGGAGCUCCAGUUCCCCCAUGGCCCUAUGGCUGUGGAGGACACGGCACCGGGGGACCCAGGGACGCUCUCUGCCCAACACUCCCACAGUCUUGCCUUUAACUAGCUCGGAGGCAGCACGGCCAGAGGCUUCGUGCCCCACGACAGGAAGGGAUGCAGGCUACUGCGUGCGGCCGUGGUUCCUCCAGAGUAAAUCUGCAUUUGCAAUUGGCAUCACCAAUUUCCCAGAAAUUUGAAGGGAGAAGAACUGUUGUUUCUCCAUCCCAACCACCAACCAACCAGCCGAGCAAACCUACACCUCCCUCAUGCUGGAAAGAUUUGGUUUCCUCUUCCUGACAGAUAUUUCUGAAACUCUUUGAGAGUGGGAUGACUUCCAAGAUCCCCCACUAAGUUUUUUGUCAGACUCACUGUUAGGCAAGACCAUGGAGUUCAAAUUCUGUGUUGUAACUCACCGGUGUGCUCGGGCAGACCAAUCGCCUGCUCGCUGAAUUGCACGUAGCGCUGGUCACAGGCCAGAAAAGCAAGGAAGUUGUGAGUACUGUGUCCCAAUGUGGUGCAUGCACGGGGCUCAUUCCUCUCUUUCUCUUGGGGGUCUGUCUGGGAGGUGUGUGGGCUCUGUCUCUCUGUCUGUCCGUGCAGCCGUUGGGUGUGUGUAAAUGCUGCGCUGGUGCUGCCCGGUAAAGCGGGGAGUUGCGCACAUCGAACUGUUGCAAUGUGCACAGUCCCAGCUCAGCGGGCACGGAGGGUCUAUUGUCCCCUUGGCUAGAGAAGCCACAUCUUGUCUACGGGAGAGCAGUAAAACACAGGAGCUGUCCCUUUGGGCCGUGAGAGGGGCUGGGUGGGUGGGCUGCCUGCUUGGGAGUGCCCUGGAAGUGCAGCAGCACCAAGGGUGUUGGCACAGGCUGUACCUGGACAGAGCUGGGAAUAGGUGUUGCUUUUCUAUGGGUGCAAGGAACAUCCAGAAGUUGUUUCCAAGGGCUUGUCUGAAGGCAGAAUCAGGAGGAACUUGAAAAAGGACUGUUGAGUUUGACCUGAUCAUCAUUGUUCCUAAAUUCAGAGGCUUCUUGAUGGGAGUGGGAAGCUGUCCCAAUAGGAUUUUGUGCGUUUGUGUUAGAGCAUGUGCAUUCUCCUUUUUACCCCUUCUCCUUUUACUCUUUGAACAUUGUUGAGCAUUGUGAUGCCUAUUUUGCUUGAGAAGGACUGUCACCCCAUAUAUAAUAAUUGAUUGUUUGAAUGAAGGCCAUGUGGCACGGAGUAUUCAGAGACCCUCACGCUGUUAUGUAGAGGAGUUGUAACUACAUCAUUGUAACCCGGGGUACUCUUGCGUGUAAAAGUGAAAUAAAGAGAAUCGGUGAA